CUCUGUCUGUAGACCGAGGUGUAUGUCUGUAUGCGCAUACAUACAGCGUAUGUUGUUGAUUCCGCGUGUCAGUUUUUGUCACGCACUCGCUUUUCCUCAUUUCAUUGAGCAGUGAAGGGGAGAAAACUCGCAGUGAUCCAUCGGAUGGAUGAUGAAGAGUCAUAGAAAAUUGUUCGAGUGUAUGUAAACAUUCUACUAAGUUAUUUAUCAAAAGUCUGCAUUAUAAGAUUAUCUGUGACUGCUAAUUGGAAUCCACACGUGUCAGCCAGGCCAGUUGGUUAAGACGUAAAAUAAUCAUGGCGACCCUGACAGAGUCGACUGCCGUCGACUUGCCUUCGGCGAACGGUAAUCAUAAAGAAGCUAUUAGCGACACACAAAAGUGUGGGCCUCCUUGCCAAGUAAUCUCUCCCAAGAAUCCCGAUACCAAUGAUGAAAAUGCCUGUUCCAUUGAAAAAGCUACCGAAGAAGCAUUGAAGGAAGGAAGUGAGAAUAAAAAAUUUAUUGAGGCCCCGAUUCCUAAAGUAAAUCCAUGGACUGUCAAUCGCACUGGUUCACACCAGGUUGGGCCAAGCAAGCCGCCAUCAAGACAUUUCCUAGGGAGACCCCUCCAGCAGCAAAGGCAGCAGCAACCUACAGUUGUUAAAGCCAAUAUAAUGGAUAGGAGAAAAGUCAAUGUCAAGGCUAGCGAUUUCAGUGACGUAGGAGACUGGCCGACCUUGGGCGAAGCUGCUCACGCAGCUGCAGUGGUACGACCGAAAGACGAAGUACCAACCGUUACGGUUUCGGUAAUCAAUAAGCCUCGCACCUGGGCAGAUGAGGUCAUCGUCGAAGAAUUGGAAGAGGGUGAAAUUGUCGAGAAUGAUGAAGGGAAAAAGAAGCAUGAAAUUACGAGUCGUGUGGAGAAAACCAUUACACCUAAAAAGAAUCUGCGCCGUUCCACUGGGGAAGAGUUAGAAGAAGGAGAAAUAGUGAGCUCGGACGAGGAGGCUCAUUUGCCUCAAGUAACUGUCCGGAAAACUGACAAAAAAAUAACUCAGUCUAGCCCUAACAACGCAGCUUCAAACAAUAAAGAUAAACGAGGAGUAGAAAAUAAAGAAAAUCGCGCUGACAAAAAGAAAAAGGGACCAAAACCCCGUUGGGUACCGCUCGAUAUCGAACCACCAUCGGUACGACCAAAGUCCCAAAAAAAUAAAUCGUCUCGAUCCCCAAAAGAUGUAUCUAACAGUACUGCUCAAGAUGGACGGAAAAGCGCUGCAAAAGGAGAAGUUAAAGAAAAGAGAAUCAACGGCGACCAACAAGAAUCUGGUGGUCCUCAAAGGAAUAACCGUGGAAUGUCCGGCUCUGGUCGUGCAGGACGUGGACGUCAUCGAUCACGAGGGAAUGCGCUUGGUCGCUCUCGAUCAGCACCUCACGGCGAUGGAAUUAUUGAAUAUUCAGAUUUUAUGGCACCCAUAUUCUCAGCUGGAUUGGCAGAUUAUGGCACUCAAGACUCUCCAUUUGUAACUCCGUUUGUUGGUAUGGCUGUCGGUGGCGUUGGCCUGGGUCAUGUCCCUACCAACGUGGCUCUUCUCGUUCCCGCUGUUCUACAGCCGCAUACGAAACCAGUUGGAGAUGCAUCAGUCGUGAAAGAUCUUGUGAGGAAACAAGUUGAAUACUACUUCAGUGAGGACAAUUUGCAAAGAGAUUUUUUCUUACGUCGUAAAAUGGACUCCGAAGGUUAUCUACCUAUAUCGCUAAUUGCAUCCUUUCAUCGCGUUCAAGCAUUAACACAAGAUGUCAGUCUCGUUAUACAAGCACUUCAGCAAUCCUCUUUGUUAAAAAUCAAAGACUUGGUGAAGGUUCGAACUGUUAAUGAUCCUGAAAAAUGGCCCAUCCUUCCUGAAACGGUUAAAAGCGAAGAGCAACCAGAAACAAUUGUGACAUCCACAGGAGGCAAUCUUGAAGAGAAAUCUGUAAAUAUUGAGACACCUAAUAUCACGAUGCCUGAACCCGAAUCCGCUAAAGUGGAAGUGAUAAAACCUGAUACAACGAAAGUUGGUCCAGCCAAACCUAAAUCACCGAAAAGUGGACCAACCAAAUCUGAAGUCGUGACUACAAACGAAAAUGCAAAGACUAGUCUUCCUAAAACAAACGAAGAAGAAUGGAAAGAGGUCAAGCGCCGUGUUAGAGAUAGGCAGUCAUCAGUUUCAUCCUCUAGUGGAACCUUACCCUACGAAGCGGCAGUGGAAGAGAAAAUAGCUGGUCGAUCGAGGCAGUCAUCUGUUAGUUUGUCUAAAAACGCAAUUGGUCCAAAAUGUGAAGAUAGGGAAGAACUCGAUUUUCAAUUCGACGAAGAAUUGGACCGGCUACCGGUGGUGAAACAGAAUACUUUUACCACUGAUUGGUCUGAUUCUGACGACGGUGAAUACGAUGAAGUCGGCGAUGAUUUCAUAAACAAGAUUUUGAUUGUCACGCAAAGCAAUCGGCCAACCAAACACGAAGGUUAUGACCGAACUGGAGAUUGGACAACGCGCACCAAAAUCACACAAGAACUCGUGCACGACAUAGAGGAUGGAUUGCGUUAUUAUGAGCAAGACUUGUGGAACGAUCACGAAUGGGCUCCUUCGGUUAAUCCCACCUCAUCUUUCAAGACUGUCAAUUUGAUAUCGCGUGAAGAUUUUGAAAAGAUAGCACCGAAGUCGCAAAAACAGGAUAUACCUCAACCUCCUCCACCACCUCCACCUUCUCUAAGAAUUUCUUCUAUGCAUAAUCGAGGAAGAGGAAGAAAACCAGAAGUGCCACGCUUUUAUCCGGUAACGAAAACGGAUCCAAUACAUUUCGAUGAACGCACACCUCGCAAAAGAAAGACAAGGCAUGGCGAUAAUCCACCUGUAGAGUGUCACGUUGGGUGGGUGGUAGACUCAAAAGAACACAGAGUACGAACAACCAGCGUAGGAAGCUGUGACUUGGGCACUAGCCCUGCGGAAAAGAGUUCAAUAGCAGGUAGCUACGGUAGCACACCUCAGUCGCUACCGACUUUCCAACAUCCAUCACACGCACUGCUAAAGGAAAAUGGUUUUACGCAACAAGUAUACACCCGCUAUCGUGCUCGAUGUCUCAAAGAACGCAAACGUGUGGGAGUUGGUCAGUCACCCGAGAUGAAUACGCUGUUUCGUUUUUGGUCGUUUUUCCUUCGUGCCAACUUUAACCGAAAAAUGUUUGACGAGUUCCGUCGGCUUGCUCUUGAAGACGCGGCUGUUGGUUAUCGUUACGGACUGGAGUGCCUCUUCCGUUACUUCUCGUACGGAUUGGAAAAACAUUAUCGCCAAGAACUCUACCAGGUUUUCCAGGAAGAAACAAUUCGCGACUACGAAACGGGUCAACUUUACGGCCUUGAGAAAUUUUGGGCCUUUUUAAAAUACUACAAAAACGGCCGGAAACUCUCAGUCGACCCCAAACUUCAGGAAUAUUUGUCCAAGUUUAAAACUAUCGAAGAUUUCCGCGUCGUCCAGCCUCUUGAUCAACGUAGAUCCAAGUCACUAGGCAACAGAAAACGAUCGGAAUCUGAAAGCUUAGGCGAUGCUCGCAGAUUUACUAAGCAAUCGUUCCAUCAUCAGAUGACUAAGAGGUAUGGCUCCGGAAGGAUUGUUCAUGUUUCUUCUGACGAACCAACAGCCAAAAACGUGAAUACCGCUGUGAAAACCAAUCGUCGAACGCGUUCACAGAGCUUUACUGACAAUUCGACCGCGUAGGGAGAAAACCGGACUGAGAAGGGUGGGGAGGGAUAAUUCGACCUGAUAAAGAAACACGAGUACAAAGCGCGAAAUAAUGAAAGUCGGUUAGUUUACUCAAAAAAGUCUGCCCAAAUUUUUCAGAUUUAUCAAUCCAGACAGACGUAACAUCUUGAAAAAAACAACUAUAAAAACAAAAAAAAAUUUUACGAUAUAGGACUCCAGUGAAGUAGUGUGUGCCUUUGGGUGGGUUGUAAACUUUUCUCUUUUCUCUUGU